CGGGCUGCUCUCCUCAGCCUCACAUACAUUCUAUCCAUGUCAAGGAAGAACCAGUGAUUGCAGAGGAUGAAGACUGUCCAAUGUCCUUGGUGACAACGGCAAAUCACAGUCCAGAGUUGGAAGAUGAUAGAGAGAUUGAGGAAGAGCCUUUAUCUGAAGAUCUGGAAUGAAAAGAGACUUGAGAAACCUCAAAAUGAAGGGACAUAUCACUGACCUUCAGAACCACUCCGCAACCAUGAAUAUUUGACAAAUUUUUACUGUGACUAUUUAUUAAGCAUGGAUAAAGAAGAACAGCCCUAAAGGAACUUGUUAAGCCAGCCCUUUGGGACCCAGUAACAACAGGCAAAUUGCUUGUUUUUCUUCUUCUUCUUUUUUUUCUUUUUCCUUUUUUUUUUUAAAGAUAAACUGAUUUUCUUGAGGAAAAAAAAAACAAAACUGUUCUUUAUAUAAUGGCUUGCCCAUUUAAAAAAAUGUGGCUCUUAAGGGUUCAUGAAAUGACUGAAUAUGAGGAUACAUGUUCUGUAGAAAGCAAAUGGGCCUCAUAUACUGCCAAAAAUAGUGUUAGUUUCAUUAAUGUGAAUUUCCAGCAUACAGUAGUUGUAAUGUUAGAAACAAUUGCUGGUCAAGUUCAACUUGUUGCUAUUGUUUUUAAUUUGCACAGGAGUAGUAUCAGAAAUUAGUGUCACUGCUUGUAUCUAGCUGAAUUUUAAACAACAGAACAUUAGUUUUUUAUGUUGGUGCCACCAACUGUAAAUGACAUAAGUUAGUUAUUACAAACCACAGUAAUUAGACUGUUGCAACCAUCUAAAAACCUUUAGGCUUCCAGUCUGUGCUGUUAGUGUUAAGAUGUAAAGUGCAAUCCUAAGCUAACAUUGUCUGUGCAAGCACCAUAGAAACAUUUGCAUAUCUGCAUAUAUCUUACAACUGUACUCUUUACCUCCUUGUGAUAAAGCUUUGUCUACCUGCAAACACAGUCAAAGGCUACAGCUGCAAACCAAAGCCAACUCUAACAAUGGCCAAUAGCUCAACGACAGAAGCAGCCACAUGCUUUGGUCAGCCUUCUGUAACUUUAAUUAGUACAAAGGAACCUUUCCAUGAACUACCUGCUGUUUUCUGAUGACCUCUGGGAUCUUUUCAUUUAGCCCUAUACAAAGAAACAAAUAUGAAAAAAAGUCAAUUCAGUCACAGUGUAAUCUUCUGAGGCCAAAAGUCAAUCUAAAUGCAGUGAAGAUUUGCUUUCAUUUAAGACAGAGGUGAGAACAAAGUCUGCAGUGGAAGUUAUGAUAGAAAGCAACAAAUGUGGAUCACUGACCAAAAUAAUUAUGUACUUGAUGCAAAUGCAGAUUGCAUAUUGUUAUAUAUAAUACAUUAUGUUUUAUUUUUUUCCCAUUCAGUCUGUUUUUUUCUGUGGUGAAUACAUGUUGUUAGAAGAUGUCUUGUAUGGUCUUAAUCUUUGUUGUGUACUAUUUUUUAUAGUCUUAAGUUAUAAUGAAAAAAAAAAAAGUAGGAACCAAACAUAAAAGGUCUAGUAAAGCCAAAAAUUAAUUUCAUAUUGAUUUAAAGUGAUCUAGGUGAGUUUUUACACUGAAAGCAAAGAUAUAGCAAUUGUAGUCCAUGGUAUUUAUUUUCAGUCAAACCAAAGUUACAUAUAAUUCUGCCUCUGCUUAUACGGGAUAUUAACACUAACAAUACACUCCCUUUGGAAGACUUGCACAGGCCAAAUUGUUGGAAUGCUGGUUUUCUUGACAACUCCAAACCCAAAAAUAUGAUAAUGCGUUAUGGUGUAGUUGAAAAUAGCAUAGUCAGAUGUUUGCUUAAAACCUAGAAACUUUACGUGUUGCUUUUCAUGUGCUGUGCCAAGUCUUGAUAAUACUUUUUCCCCCAACCAAGGGACCUCAUAACCUGAUUAUGGUUAUUGCUUUACAAACAGUUUUUGACAGAAGGUGGCUGCUAGAGCUUAACAUAUGUACCAGUUCCAUGUGAUGGUCCUGGUUCUUGCAAACUAAGCUCAUCGUUUAUUCUUUGCUGAAGUCAGCAAAUAGACUUAAAGAUAUACACAGUCAUCUAUCACGCCAAAUAAAAGGACAUAACGGCUUUCGAAAGGGUUUUCCCACUUACCCAAAAGGCUUUCUGAAAGCUUCUACCUCUGCAAAAGAAAAAAAAAAAAAGAAAAAAAAAACAAAAACAAAAGAAAUUAGAACAAUUAUGGCAGAUUGCAUGAAUUGUGAGAACGUCACAGUAACUGCUACUUUUCAUUAUGUUUGUCUUUGGGUCAUGAUCAACAGACGGUUUACGGUAAUUACAUCAAGAGAAGGAUUCACCUUGUAAGCGAUUGUUUUCAGUCAGUCAGUCGUCUAAGAUUCUGAUGUGGGGAUUACCUGAAAGGGAACGAUGGGUGUUUCGAGUGCAUGUUCAAGAGACGUUGAUGGACUGGAAGUAAAUGCGCUAUUUGUACCAUCAGGAAGGUGGCCUAAGACUACGAUGCUAAAGUAUGCAUACCUCAGUUACAAAACUUUUGAAAGGAAGUCUCAGCCACAGAAUGCAUAUACCUGUAGAGUUUUGCAUGGGUUUUAUAUAAAUACAAUUUAAAAAAAAAUAGCUGCUUGCACAUUAUACCAGAAAAACCUCCAAAACUGCAAUUGCUUUGAAAAUAGAUUUUAGGUUUUUUGGAGUUUUCUGAGAUGCUUGGUCUGUAUUUUGAUAAUUGUGCAUAUUAUGUAAAAAUGUUGGUGGACCCAUAAAUGACCAGACUUUUUCUAAGAAAAAUGUUGCUUUAAUGCAUUUCAUGAAUUUUUACUCUUAUAUCAUUGCUUGCUAGUAAUAGCAAAUCUGCUUUUCUGCAUCUGCUUUGCGUAGCUAUUGUAAGGCUUUGAACUAAUGUAUGUAUUUAUUGCUUGAACUUCUGUGCAUACCUUAUAAAGCAUAAUGUCUGACAAUUUAAAUGGCUCAUGUAUUCUUGCUUCUAUCAUAAGCUGAGGACGGGGAUUAUGAUCUUUUGUAUACAGCAAAUUUUAACUGUAGCACAAACAUCUGUUUAUGUAUUGGUGGGAUAUACCUGUUUUAUUUAUCUUUUUUGAGGUAAACUAAUUUUUGAUACUUUUCAUUACUGUGUACUGUGUUCAUACCUUGAAUUCUCUGACGUUAGAAGUCAUGGUUGAGAAUUGUAACAGCUGUUAUUCGUUCUGUAUUCAUGGCUUUCACUGCUGAAUAAAAUAAAGGACCAAACCUAGGA